AUGGGAAACCACAGAAAACCCAUGCCAGUACAGACGGUUUCAGACAUUAUUGUUAAUCAUCCAGCUGUUAAUCCUUAUACAGCCAUUCGUGCUGCUCUGGUUUCAAGAGUUUCGCAGUCUCGACAGGUUCGGUUGCAUCAACUGCUUGCUGGUGAGGAGCUCGGUGACAGACGUCCUUCGCAGGUCUUUCGACAUCUUAGACAAUACGAUCUUACAAUUUCAGAAGAUGUCGUUAAGACUGUGUGGUUGGACCAUCCUCGAGAGGUUGUUAGGGCGGCUGUCGUCACUCAGUUGAAUUUGCCAAUGGAGCAGCUAGGUCAAAUAGCUGAUAGCAUCCAUGAAGUCGUUGGUGGUGUUCGUUUGGCGGAGGUUUUGAAGCAAGCACCUGAAGCUCCUGUCCCACCAGCGUUGGCUAGUCGUAUUGAGGAGUUGUCGUAUCAGGUUGCUGCACUGUCGUCUCGUUUCGGUCAGCAGUUUGGCGGUCAGGGUUCUCGUUCUCGUUCCCGGUCUCGUUCGCGUAGUCGAGGUUCUGGAUCUGGUGGCAGCGACAAUAACAAUGGUCGUUUAUGUUGGUAUCACAACAGAUUUAGGGAGAAAGCAGCUAAGUUCUUUGAUCCCUGUUUUACGUCCCCACUUCUCGUCGGCAGUUAA